UCAUCAGAAAUCAGCAAAAUCACAGCAAACAAAAAAUCUCUCAAAAAAACCAUAAGAAACAAACAAAUCACUCCAAUUUUGAUCAUCAAUUAACAAUGUCGCUAAUCCCAAACAACUGGUUCAACACCACCAACCGUCGCAGCAACAUCUUCGACCCAUUCUCCCUCGACGUAUGGGACCCAUUCUUCGACCUCCCUUCUUCCCUCACCACCGUCCCUCGCUCCGGCACCGCCUCUGAAACCGCCGCCUUCGCCAACGCCCGCAUCGACUGGAGGGAGACUCAGGAGGCUCACGUCUUCAAGGCCGAUCUUCCCGGAGUGAAGAAAGAGGAGGUAAAGGUCGAGGUUGAAGAUGGAAAUGUGCUCCGAAUCAGCGGGCAGCGGGCAAGAGAGAAGGAGGAGAAGAAUGAUACAUGGCAUCGUGUUGAGAGGAGUUCUGGUAAGUUUAUGAGGAAGUUUAGGCUGCCCGAUAAUGCUAAGGUUGAUAAUGUCAAGGCUGCAAUGGAGAAUGGUGUUCUUACUGUUACUGUUCCUAAGGUUGAAGCUCCUAAACCUGAGGUUAAAUCUAUCAACGUUUCUUAAUUAAUUAACCUUGUUUCUGGAAAUUUCAAGGAUGAAAGAAGUUUAAUCGUUUGAGUUUGAGGUUGUAAUAAAUUGUUGAGGAAAAAAAUGUGGUCUCUGUUUAUUAUUUAGUUUGUUUUCAGUUUCAAUAGUAUCACUAGUAUGUAAGAUAUGAUCGUUGGUAUAUAAUAAAACAGUUUUUGUGUUA